AUGGUCCGCGUCCACUACGACGGCUACCUCGCGGACGGCCAGAAGAUGGACUCGUCGACGGACAAGGACAAGGCCUUCGACUUCCACAUCACGCGGAGCGGCGUCGCGCGGGGCUGGCGCGAGGCGACGCGGACCAUGCGCGUCGGCGAGAAGGCGACGAUCGCCGUCGCGCCCCACGCGGCCUACGCGGAGCGGGGCGUGCCGGACAAGGUCCCGCCCCACUGCGCCCUGGUCUUCGACGUCGAGAUCCUCGAGGUGUGGUAG